AAGAAACAAAUGUUUAGAAUUUCUCCUUCGACUGGAACACCUCCAAGACCAGUUAUGAAUAAUCAAUUAUCAUCACAACAACAACACUAUUCUAAUACUAACAAUACUACUCCUAAUAAUACAACUAAUCAAAAGCAACAACUAAUGCAACAAGAUAAUCAAUUAUCAUCUCCUACCACUACUCAAUAUCCAUCACCUCCAACUCUUUCAAUGUUUACCAAUUCAACUACUUCAAGUAGUAGUGACAAUGCCAGUACUAACGACAGUUAUAUGAGUGAUGAUAGUUCGAAUUUGAGGAGAAGAAGAGACUUUGAUGCACUCUCCUCAAUGGAAAAUACCACACCACAAGGAACAAUGGAAGAAGAGAAUCAAACAGUUUCAUUUUCCAAUAUUUCUGCAGCACAACCAACUAGAAACAAGAAGAGAAAAAAGAAUUCCUCACCAAACUUUGAAGAGAUUUCAUCCCCAAGUUCUCCUAAAGGACGUGAUACAAAUAAUAUUGAGCUUGAUGACUCUUUCGAACAAAAGUUUUCUAAAGCAAUUUCCAAUUUUGGUGACGAUAGUCCUGUACUCAAUAAUGAUUCAUGUUUUACCAAUAGAUAUACAGGACCUAAAUUUGAAUCUACCAAUAAGACAAUAGCAAGAUAUGGUGACGAUAAUAGAACAUUCAUUGUUGGUCUUCUUGGUUAUGAAUUCAAUGAGAGUGAAAUUGAAGUAACACCAAGUAAUGAUUCGACAGGUCUAUUGCAACGUUUGGGAAGAAUGUUUAGUAAUAUAUUCUCAUCAACCAGUCUCAAUCAAACACUUCCAUUCAAUAAUGCUAAUGCUGUCACGACCAGUAAUUCAACUCUGAGACAUCAUACACUUCAAGAAGAUCACACUGUUAUCCAUUCGAAUCCUGCUGUAGAAUGUGAGUUGAUUUCUCAUUGGAGAGAAGUUCCACUCUUGAGAAAUGUUAAAAUCAAACAAAUUUCAUGUGGUGGUUAUCACGUUUUACUUUUAACUGAAGAUAAUGUUGUAUACACAUCUGGGUGGAAUAAGUAUGGUCAAUUAGGUACAAGUAAGAGUGGGUCAAGUAGCAAGAUUGUAAAGAUUGUAGAGAAUGAACAAACUGAUUAUUGUGAAGUUCAAUCCUUCCAUAGAAUUGAAUUCCCUGAAAAGAUUAUUUCACUGAAUGCCAGUGGUAGACACAGUUUGUUUUUGAGUGAGAGUGGAAGAGUUUAUGGAACUGGUUGUAAUUUGCAUGGAAGAAUGGGAUCUGAAUUCAUUGAACCAGAAGAAUUGGGAUUGAAGCAAUCCCAAGACUUACAACAAGUUACUGGAAAUCAAAUACUAGAACCAAAUAUUAAUUGUGGUGUUUUCUCUCCAAUUCUUUUGGGAGGAAUUUUGAAACAAAAGAGAGCUUACUAUGUUGGUAAAGCAUUUUGGCACUCUAUCAUUGCAACCUGUGAUGGAGGAGUUUAUGUAAUGGGACAAAGUGAUGAAGGCAAGCUGGGAAUUGGCUCUGUAAAGGCUAAUCCAAUUGACCAAGAUACACAUUGUUAUGAACCAACAGAGAUUAUAGAAUUGAGAGGAAGAGAAAUCAUUGAAGCUGAAGGUGGAGCAUGGCACACAAUUUUCCUUACAAAGGCCAAGUCAAAUGAGCUCAAUAAUGAUUUAUGGGUGUGUGGAAGUAACUAUUGGGGUCAACUAGCUCUUCCACCAAUUGGAAAUAAGCCCGUAACAAGCUUUUUGGUUCCAGUAAUUCAUCCAUUCUUUAGUGGAAAAAGAGAUCCAUCUAAGAAUGCAGUUCAAAUCAGUGCUGGGUCAAACUUUAACGCAGUUUUGACUGAAGAUGGUUCUAUUUAUUGCUUUGGUUGUGGAAGUAGUGGUAAAACUGGAUUGGGUCAUGCCAGAACUGUUAGAACUCCAAUUAAGGUCAAAUCAAUUCCAAAGGAUGUUAUCAAAAUUUCAACAGGAUCAAAUCAUUUAUCUGUAAUUACAAAGAGUGGAGAAUUGUAUAGUGUUGGAUGGAACUUUUACGGACAAUGUGGUUAUGAUUCAGACAUUUCCAAUAUUUCGAGAGUCGAAGAUACUAAAACUGAACUGUCUCCUUCUUGUGAUGAUAUGGUAGAGAGCUACAUUAUGCCAAGAAUUAGAAGACUCACUGGAGUGGAGGUGAACUCUGUUGGCAGUGGUGCCUAUUUUACAAUAAUUACAACAAGUUCGACAAGUAAUCCAAUCAUUAGAAAGCAAAAAGAAGCAAAAUUCAAGGGAAUACAAGUACGAAGAGGCUUUAAUGAUAUUUCAGUUAGAUGUACAAAAUAAAACUAAAUAAUAAUCAAAUCAGAUAAU